AUGCCCGCUCCCAACCAGCGGCCAGGCUCCCGCCGCCCAACCAUCUCCUCGACCGGCAAGGCGCGGCCGUCGCCUCCCGGCCACGGGACCCACCGCCCCGCCCGCACCUCGGGCGCCUAUCAUCUGCGAAGCGCCGCCGACAGCAAGCCAGGCGCCCGGGCCCCCAGCGCCGCCGCUAGCCUCUGGUCCGCCGUGCCCACCUCCCUCGCCGUCGGCGACGCCCCCCUUCCCCGCAUGCAGGCGCCCUGUCCUUUCCGCGCAAAGCCCCCCGCGCCGGCGAUCCAGCCGCCCCAGUGCCAUGCCUCCUCCGACGGCCCUCUCCCUACCUCCCCUCCACCAGCAACAUGGCCGCCCGCCCCGGCUCAUCCCUCUCCCCCCUUUUCUCUUUCUGCCACUCUUUUUAUGUCAAUCUUCUUGGCAGUACAACUCUCUAAAAAUAGGCAGCGCAAAUUUGUACAUGGGGAAGUGCAGACGCAGGCCUCCGGCGGCCAUCCGUUUCCCCUUGCCGCCUAG